CAAGGAAACCAGCUCAGCCUCUCUUGUGCAAACACUCCCCAACACACACACACACAUACACAUACACACACAAACACACUCACCAAACAGGAAGAGUGUACCUGUUUGGUAUGAGUUGGCUGUGAACUGUCAGCUCUCACUCAGUGUUAUCUGUGAAGAAGAGGAAAAAGGAUUUGAAUCAUACCAGCAGUGGGACCACUGGCACCAAAGUGAAGAACAAGUUUGGCAGAGACACACUUUGGAUUACAAAAUAAACUCAUCACACCCCUCCAGACCAGACCAUCAAGAAGAAUUCCUGAUUUAAAAACCAGUCCACCUGCCGCCUGUGUGACUUUAAGUCCAAGACCUGGGACAAUGCUUCUCUGACUGACACCUGCAUCUAUCAGCAAUGUUCACCCCCAGGAAAGACAGUCUCCCGUCCCCUAGCUUGGAGGACUCCUUCUUCCCUCUCUCCUCGUCCUCCUCAGUGUCACUCUCCUUCGCUCUCCCGUCAUCCACAUCCUCUCUUGGUAGCAGUGACAGCGGAGGAGGGAUUGAGACGGAUCUGAUACUAGCAGCGGAGCUGGGACAGGCUUUACUGGAGAAGAAUGAGGAGCUGGCAGCCUCUCUGGAGCAGAGGGAGAGGGAGCUGGAGGCUGUACAGCAGGAGAAGCACGUCCUGCAGAGGAAGCUGGAGAUGAACGAACUGGCAUCUGGGCAGAGAGAGGCAGAGCUGACUGCAGAUUUAGCUGCCUUGAGGGCUGAGCUGGAGCGACAUCACAGCCAGGGCCGCAACCGGCGGAGGGACGAGAGUGAGCAGCUGACUCAGUUAGCCAAUCAUAACCAGCGCUUGGUGGAGCAGCUGGCAGAGGCUGUAACACUGGAACACACCUUGAGGACUGAGAUUCGUUCCCUCAGAGAGGAGAUGGAGGAAUCAUCUUUCAGCCGGAAUAUCAACUUCUCACAGCUAGACAACAUUCAGGCAGAGAACAGAGUUUUGCUGGAGCGGCUGUCGCACAUGGAGGCACAACUAAAAGCCUCACAGGAGGACAGCGACAGACACCGCAUGGAAAGAGAGAGACUGAGAGACAGAGUGUCAGAACUACAAACGAAACUGCGAGACAAAGAAGCAGAGAUAGAGCAAGAGCAGGGAGUGGUGUUUGAGUUGCGAACUGUGAAUCGCUCUCUACAGCAAAAAGCUCUGAACCUGGGGGAGGAGAGCAUUCUGGACAGUACACAAACGCAACCUUUGUCUCUGCAUAGUGAAAUUCAGCAAUCACAGGCUAGAGAAGCUCUUCUAGCUCACUCCGAAGUCCUGAAAGCGAAAGAUGAAGAGAUACAAGCGCUCACAGAGGAGCUGCGAUCUCAACAAGAAGAGUUGGAGUCUUUGAGGCAGGCAAUCGAGCCAUUUACAAGCAGUCCUGAUAAGCCAAGCUACAGCUUCUUAGAGAAUGAACUGGCCACAAUCCGUCAGGAGAAAGAAACACUCACUCAGCAGCUUCUCAACACCAUCAAACACAAGGUGAAGUUGUCUCAAGAGCUGGAUGCCUGGCAGGAGGACAUGCGGCUGGUGAUCAAUCAGCAGGUUCAGCAAAGGCAGGAGGAGAGACUGAAGGAAACACAGCAAGAGAACGCAGUGGGACUCCAGAGAAGCAAGUCUUUAAGAAUGAGGGGAGAAGGAGGGAAAGGAUUCUUCUCGUCCUUAUUCAAAGACAAAUAACAGAGAGAAGUGGCGUCGGGUUAAACGGACAGAGUACCAGCCUUUAUCUUUGCCACUGUGAACCUCUGCUGCAAGACACUGUACGCUGUAAUGCAUCAUGAGCAUCGACAACUAAAA